AUGAACCUAUACAAAAGAGAUGGCCUUCUAAUUGGCGGAAUGGAAGGUGAUACUAGUGAAAAGCUAUUGAGGAAAGCUGGAGGAGCCGAAGAUGGUUGUGAUGGGGAACACAAACUAAAGAAUGAGAUAUGGCGUGAGACCAAGAAAUUGUGGGUGGUUGCUGGUCCUGCUAUAUUCACUAGAUUUUCUACAUUUGGGAUAAAUGUCAUUAGCCAGGCAUUUGUAGGCCACAUUGGAGCUACCGAGCUUGCCGCCUAUGCCCUGGUGGCGACAGUCCUCCUUAGGUUUGCAAAUGGCAUCCUGGUUACACUUCCAUUUUCCUUCUGCUGCUUUCGUCUUGGGAUCACCAUCUUUGUACCUCUGCGUAGCUUUCUAGCAUUGGAACAUUUAUUUCUGGCUCACUGUCAGGAAAGGAUGUUGGUCUUAGACAUGCACCAAGACAACAAUUCUGCUGUUAUUAUUGGUCGAAUGGAAGCUCUGGCACCUUUCUGCAGACACUGUGUUGCCUUCUGUAGCUUUUAA